AUGAUUAAACAAAAGAUCGAUUGGAUCAAAGCAGAGAGCACGCCACGUAGGAUAGUUAAUUCAGACCAAUCAGGAACAUGUAUUUUGACACGUCACAAUCGCUGGACAUUUUGUGUGGGCUAUGUAAAUUUUUUUUUCGGCCCAUCUCCACCCCCAAAACCUUUUUCGUGCCAAGUUUUGCAAUUCUCUUCUUUCAGACUCUUCCAGUUCGUCUUCUCCAAAUCUCUGAGUUCAUGCCCUAACGUCCUUAGAUCUCAUGUUCUUGAAGUCUCAUCUGGAGCCGACAUAGUUGAGAGCGUCAACACUUACGGCCAGAGAGGGAGAGGUGUCUCCGUGCUCAGUGGUAACGGCACGGUCGCUAACGUCGUUCUCCGUCAGCCGGUGACGAUUCAUGGGAAUAAUUGCGGAACUGGAGCCGGAGUUGGAGGGGUUGUGACUUUACAUGGAAAGUUUGACAUAAUUCCAUCACUGGUACGGUGCUUCCGCCGGGAUCAGACUGUUUUGGUACUAUCUUCUGUUCGAGGUUUACACUCUUGCAGGAAUGGUGAUCCCACCAAACUCGAGAGGUUUAUGUGCUUUCCGGAGGCGUUUUAUGUUUACCGCAACAUGAUCGACACUAAUACUUUCAUCAACUUGAUUUCUCUGAUUGGGCUGCUUGAAUGUUUCCUGCACGAUUGGGAUUUCAAGUUACCGGGUGGAUCCAGUGUCAAGGAUGAAGAGGACAGUCUAAAGGUUUUUUUUCUUUGGGUUGAAGUAACUUAAUAACAA